AUGGAGAAUACUUUGCGUAAACAAGUGCUAUUCGUGAGCUCGAAGCUUUUAAUCGUCGCAGUGAUUGUUUCCCUGAUUUUUGGUUCUGUCAACGUUACACCAGCGAAUUAUGAAUACUCCAUGAGAGUGUACAACGUCGGGGUUCUCAUGGCUUCUCACUUAAAUAGCCCUUUCGAUUUGGAAAGAUGCGGCCCAGCCGUUGAUUUAGCUUUGGCCGAAGUGAACGACUUCUUAAGCAUCCACAAUGUGAAAUUGCGCAAAGUGCAAGGAAGCUACCCGUCAUGCAGUGGAUUUGCAGCACCAGGUUUAGCUGCCAAUAUGCAUUUCCAAGCAAACGUGAUCGCGUUUGUUGGUCCAGCUUGUGCUUUUGCCCUGGAACCUGUGGCAAAACUCGCCGCCUAUUGGAAUACUCCUAUAAUCACUGGAAUGGGUGACCAAGGAAUCUUCAAGGAUAAAAGCAAAUAUCCAACACUCACGAGGAUGUCCUAUUGUCAGUGUCGACUUCGAUUGGUAUUCUCUAGUAUUUUUAAAGAAUUUGGAUGGUCGCACGUAGCGUUGAUCUUGGAUAGAUCCGAUUUAUUUUCGUGGACAGUUGGGAAAAAUUUGGAAUACGGCCUGAGGAAAGAAGGAUUGUUGAAAUUCGUAAGAGAAAUCGAUGGAAAUUCCGAGGACGAGUCGUAUCAUUUUUACUUGCGUGAUGCUAUAUUGAUUCUUAGUGUCCGAGGGACACUGGUUAGAAAAUUUAUGCUGGCUGCUCAUGAUUUAGAAAUGACAAGAGGAGAUUGGGCGUUCCUCGAUGUUGAAAUAUUUCAAGGUUCUUAUUGGGGUGAUCACGAUUGGGAGGUUGGUGAUGAAGAUGACAGUAUCGCUAGGAAAGCGUACGAAGCAUUGCUCAGAGUGUCUCUUUUACAACCCACCAGUCCGAGAUUUCAAGAUUUUGCUGAAACUGUUCGCCAACGAGCUCAAACCGACUACAAUUAUUAUUUUUCAGAAGGGGAAGAGGUAAAUUUCUUCAUCGGAGCUUUCUAUGAUGGCGUAUACUUGCUGGGAAUGGCAUUGAAUGAAACUCUGUCCGAGGGUGGAGAUAUCACAGACGGCAUAUCGAUAACGAGGAGGAUGUGGGACCGAGAUUUCAUUGGUAUUACGGGGCACGUGAGGAUCGAUGACAAUGGAGACCGCGACGCGGACUACAGUAUCCUGGAUUUAGAUCCUAUCACAGGAAGGUCAGCGUCAAUUAAGCCAACCAUUUCUCUCAGCCCAUUCGAAGUAGUCGCACACUAUUUAGGAUUAAAUCGAGAAUAUAGUCCUGUGACUGGAAAGAAAAUUCAUUGGCCUGGAGGAAGAGAAGGCCCUCCUGCCGAUAUUCCUGAAUGUGGAUUCCUGGGAAAUGAUCCUGCUUGCACAUCCAGAACCGAGGCCUAUACUUUUGUCGCAUAUACUAGCUUGGCUCUUGUUGUGUUUCUUCUUGUUGCUGUCACUGCAACCUGUGUGUUACAUCUAAGAGUGUCGGCUGACCUGAACAACAUGUCCUGGAAAAUCAGACCAGAGGAAUUACUUCUGGAAAUAGGGAAACCUUUCUCUUCAAAGAUCAAUUUACACCAAGCGAUAGCCGAGGUGAGUAAAACUGAGUUGAAUGAGGAAGACAUAAUAAAAUCAGUCUUGCCAUUACAGAAUUUUGGAUUGGAGCAGCAUAUUCGUCGUGAGUCACAAUUCAGCUGCGAAUCCUUACCUACAACUACAGUAUUCACCACCGUUGGAAUCUAUAAGGGGGAAAGAGUGGCUAUUAAGAAAAUUACUAAAAAGAAGGUAGUUGAUGUCACCAAGAAAUUAUUGUGGGAGAUUAAACAAGUUCGUGAUGUUACUUCGGAAAAUACUGUCAGGUUUAUCGGUGCAUGCUUCUGUUCUCCAUCACCAACGGUGUUGAUCUUGACAGAGUAUUGCCCCCGAGGUUCCUUGAAAGAUGUCCUAGAGAACGACGCUAUUAAAUUAGAUUGGAAUUUCCGAAUGUCUUUAAUCCACGACAUCGUCAAGGUAGAGCAGGGAAUGUCUUAUCUUCACGCCAGCGAGGUUUCAGCGCAUGGAAAGCUUCGGUCUUGCAAUUGCUUGAUCGAUGGCCGUUUCGUCUUGAAAAUUUCAGACUUUGGCCUCAAAACGCUCACAACCCCGUCUGAUUUGAUAAUGGACGAUAAUUAUUAUACCAAAUUACUUUGGAUCGCCCCGGAACUUUUACCGUUAACUGUGACACCUGGCAGUGCAGCGACUCAAAAAGGGGAUGUUUACAGUUUCGCGAUCAUUCUAGAAGAAAUUGUGAUCCGUGGUGGCCCGUAUGAAUCUGUGAAAUUGUUUAUGACUUCCCAAGAGAUCGUCGGCCGCGUCGCGGCUUCGGAGACGCCACCAUUCAGACCGGAAGUAACACCAAAAGACUGCCCGCCGGAUAUCCUAUCCCUCAUGGAGAAAUGCUGGAACGAAAUCCCAGAGGAACGACCAACAUUUCACGCAAUUCGCGAAACUAUACGUAGCAUUAUGAAGGGUUACUGUGAGAAUUUAAUGGACGAUUUAUUGAGACGUAUGGAACAAUAUGCGAAUAAUUUAGAAGCCCUCGUGGAGGAGAAAACGGAACAAUUAAGCUUAGAGAAACGGCGUAGCGAAGAACUUUUGUAUCAAGUGCUUCCAAGACAAGUGGCGUGUCAGCUAAUGGCUGGAGAGCUAGUACAACCAGAGCAAUUCGAGUGCGUGACAAUUUAUUUCAGUGACAUAGUUGGCUUCACAGCUCUCUGCGCGCAAAGCACACCAAUGGAAGUGGUGGAUUUUUUAAACGACCUUUACAGCACUUUCGAUCGCAUCAUCGAAUUCUACGAUGUCUACAAGGUGGAAACAAUAGGAGAUGCAUACAUGGUGGUGUCUGGUCUGCCAGAAAGAAACGGCGACGAACACGCGAGGGAAAUUGCCUUAAUGGCUCUAGCGGUUCUUGAUUCUGUACGUUCCUUCACCAUAAUGCAUAAACAAAAUGCGCAACUCAGUGUCAGAAUUGGCGUACACAGUGGACCAGUUUGCGCAGGUGUAGUUGGCCAAAAGAUGCCACAUUAUUGUCUUUUUGGUGAUACAGUAAACACUGCAUCGAGGAUGGAGUCCUCGGGACUACAUAUUAGUCUCACUCUUAUCUGCUUUCUAAAUCUAGCAUUACGCAUACACAUUUCUGAAGCAACGAAAUGUAUAUUGGAUAAGUUUGGAACGUUUGACUUGGAGCUCAGAGGCGAAGUUGAGUUAAAGGGGAAGGGACGAGUUAUUUCUUACUGGUUGAAGGGUUGUUCCGAACCAGAUCCAAGGCCACCGACACCAAAGUACCGCAAGCAUAGCGUCAGUACACCGGAAAAUAAUUUAAACCCCCUAAUCUUCCCGCCUAACAAUACGAAUGGUCCGAAAGCCAACAACACUUUUAUUAAUUUGUCAGAAUUACAACAGACC